AUGUCUUCUCCUGGUCCAAAUCUUGCCUCUCCAUCACCGGCUUUAUCUGAAGGGGACGGUACUGACUUUGACCUAGAGGCACAGGUCAACUCGAUGUAUAAAUCUGUUGAGUCCUUUGCGGGCAAUUCGACCGAUGUCCAGUCGAGUGCAGAGACGAGACCGCCUCGCUCUGAAGCUGCGCCCUCCCUUAUUACUCCAACCGGGAUACAGUCUCAAAUUCGACCUGGAGACAAAGAGGCAGAUAUUGACAAUAAGCCUUCGGUGAGCAUUCUAGGCCUCGAAAUUCAAAUCGCCCUAUACGUCGCUAUGCAGAUGUUGAAAGAAGCUUCGCCUAUAAAUAUGGUCGAUGAAAGCUCCAAAGUCCAAGGGCAGACAGCUUCGAGCAAGGAUGUCCCAAACGCUGUUCCUGAUGGCGACAAUAACGGAGGACAGAAGCCCAAUGCAGAGUCGGCGCCAGAACAGCAACCAUCACAGCGGAAGCAAAAACCUGAAAACAUUAUCAAGGAAGAUUUGCAAGGAGUGUGGUCAGACUGUGCCAACAAAUUAUGGGGGUACCAGGACGAGAUCAUCAAAAGGUGGAAGGACGAAUUGAAUAACUUGUUAAUAUUUGCCGGUCUGUUUUCGGCUGUGCUCACGGCAUUCGUGAUCGAAUACUAUCCAAAGCUACAGCCAUCGACGACUCCCAACACCACUACACAACUUCUGAUGAUCAUGUCUGCGCAGCUGGAGGUUCUUACUGCUGGUGCUCGCUACAACAACUCAUCUCUCCUAUCCAUGUCCGCGCUUGCCAGUUCGUCCCCAGCAUCGAAACCUUCAUCCCAAGUUGUGGCCGUCAACGGUCUAUGGUUUGCUGCGCUCGUCUUCAGCCUCGGCGCAGCAUCCCUCGCUAUAUCCGUCAACCAGUGGCUGAAUCACCACCGAACACGACCAUUGAGCAUGUCUCGAGAAAGUGCCGAGAUCUGGUACUUGCGCCAUCGAAGCCUCGAUCGAUGGAAGGUUUCGCUCAUCAUCAGUGUUCUCCCUGUCCUCCUGCAAGUCUCGCUGGCUUUAUUCUUUGUUGGGUUGGUCGUACUGUUAUGGCCAUUGAAUACUUCCAUAUCUGCUGUUAUGUGUGUGCUGGUUUCCCUGCUGCUACUGGGCACCAUUGGUUCUGCACUGAUUCCUGCUAUCGUCACUGACUGCGCCUACAAGUCUCCGCAGGCAUGGUGGUGGCUCAAGCUGUUAUGUGGUCUUCAGAAAUUGAUUUCUUCUGCUGGCCUCAAGUUGGCGUCCCGCCUUUGCUCUCGUGGGCAGCUCGUCACCGAUGAGUUGCAAAAGAUCUCCUUCAGGCAAUGGAAGGCCUCUCUCGGAGAGUGGAAGGCCUACCUUAAACAAUGGAAAGCUCCGCUCAAGCGCUUGGUGGGCUUUCUCAAGCAGUACAAGACCUCUUUUAGACAGUGGAGGACUGUCCGUCAUGACGUCGAUUGUGACACUGUGGGGUGGCUGUAUAAUAUCUUCAAGGGAUGGAGUGAACUCAACCAGGGUCUCUGGAACGCUGGAGAUUGGAGAGCAUGUGAAGUGGACUCCUUAACUGCAAUAAAGGAAAACCCAAGCUCUGUGACACCAUUUCAGGACCAAGUGUUCGCAGAAGCAUACACGAUGAUCUCGGAUGAGUCUCUCACCUUCCCUUUGACCAUGCUUUGUUUCGAUACCGAUGACUGCAAAACUGCCCUCAAUUCCUUAACUGCACUUUUGGAGCGUGUACAAUUUCGUGGUUCUCUAGGUCGUAUGUGGGGCGAAUACUAUGCUAGACGGGCUAGCGAGGAAGAAAAGCGUCACGUCAUUGCAAUGCUAGAUGGUUUGAUCGACAUGUUGCCUAUGAUACUCAGCGAUGCUCCUGGUACUGAGGAGAAUUUGGCAGCCGUCAAUUGCUACAUACGUGGACUUAUAGUCUCGAUGAAUGAUUGGCGGAUCGUCCGAGAUCGACCUCGAAAGUGGUGGAAAAGCAUAGUGAAGGCAAGCACAACGCACAAAUUUCACUACAUGCCAUGGGACUCUGUGUUCGAAGUUGGCCUCACUUUCGAGGCCGAGUUUGAUAAUACUGAUCUGGACUUUUUACUAUCGGUGUUUUUGUCUCUCCAGAAAGGAGACUUUGACAGAGGUGACCUCCUCUAUCACUCGUGGCGGUUCCUCAAGCUCGCGAGGGAGCGCAAAUGGCUUGGCCUAGGCUCUAUCCGUGAUGACCUGCGAAGACUUGUGGCGAUUAUCUAUGACGACCUGAAUGCCGCUGUUUUACUGUCGCCAAACUCAAGCACCAACAUCUUAGACCUUUUGGAAGAGUACUACUUCGGUAACUUUAUAGCUGAAUUUACACGUCAUGUCAAGGAGAAAUCUGGAAUAUUUGAUGUCACUGGUAACAUGCUUGCAUUCUUUGUAGAUUUGGCGUGCGCCUGUGACAGCGUUUAUGAGGGUGAUAAUAUCAAGGAGGUGGGCAAGAUAAGAGAGUAUGUCGACCUCCCUGAGGAGACCCUCCGUGAUCUAGACGUCUUGCGAUCCUCGUCACGGUACGAGCGAAAUGCCAGGAUAGAGAGGGCCUGUGCCAGGCUCCGUGCUUCAUGUGUUCUUCCGUCUGAUAUAUACGUCGAAAAUGGUGAAGCUUCCAACUCUUGA